CGGAGCAUCCUGGGGAGGUAAAAUGGCGGCGCCCGUGAGGCGAACUCUGUUAGGGGCCCUGGGGGGCUGGCGGCGGCUCGAGGGGCCCCGAGUGGGUGGCCCGCGCGCUCGCGGCCUGGCUUUGGAGGCCGCGCCGCCCCGCAGCGGUUCUCCAUGGCACCUGCUGGGAUCCUUGUGUCUGCAGCGGCCACCGCUCAUCUCCAAACCUCUGACCCCCCUGCAGGAAGAGAUGGCGGCCCUUUUCCAGCAGAUUGAGGUAGAGAGAAGCCUGUAUUCAGACCAUGAGCUUCGUGCCCUGGAUGAAGCCCAGCGACUGGCAAAGAAGAAAGCCGACCUCUAUGAUGAUGAGGAACAACAGGAUAUAUUGCUUGUGCAAGAUUUGGAAGAUGCCUGGGAACAGAAAUUCCUCCAGUUCAAACUUGGAGCUCGAGAAACAGAUGCCGAUAAAAAAAAUGACCGAACCUCAUUACACAGGAAGCUAGAUAGGAACCUUGUUCUGUUAGUCAGAAUGAAGCUUGGGGACCAGGAUGUUUGGAUGUUGCCUUAUGUUGAGUGGCAGCCUGGAGAGACGCUCCGAGGGACAGCCGAGCGAGCGCUGGCCACACUUCCAGAAAACAACAUGGAAGCCAAGUUCCUUGGAAAUGCCCCUUGUGGUCACUACAAGUUCAAGUUCCCCCAGGCCAUGCGGACAGAGAGCAACCUUGGGGCCAAAAUCUUCUUCUUCAAAGCACAGCUGCUCAGUGGAGACUUUUCCCAGGCGGGGAAGAAGGGCCAUCAUGUGUGGGUCAGUAAAGAGGAGCUGGGCGACUACCUAAAGCCACAGUACCUGACCCAGGUUAGGAGAUUCCUUCUGGACCUCUGACGGAUGGAGCCGCUCUUGGUGUUGCUCAGACAGCCUGUGGAUAGGGCCCCGAGACAUGGCGUGACUGCCCUGCACUUGCAGGGAAACUAAGUUCUGACAAUUAAAGGUGUGUGUCCGUGUGUUGGUCUCAGAGGUCUGGUUGCUUGGGGUCUCUCCCUCUGAAGAGGGAGCCAUCCCCCCCAUUCCUCUCAUGCUAACUGAGUUGUAGUUAAAGCAACGCAGUGGCAUUGCUUCCUAGCUAGUCAUCUGG